AUGCAGGGCGGCACCGACCCGCACACAUCGCUCGCCACCAACCACACGGAGCCGAAACACUAUGGCGGGCACUCGUGGCCCGAGAGCGGGCUCAAUACGGCGCCGGCCCAUAUGGGACGUCGCGACCUGGAGACCAUCUUCCUGCCCACCUUCAAGGCCGCAGUCACGGAGGCGGGCGCCCGGAGCGUGAUGGCCGCCUACAACGAAAUCGACGGCAUUCCCAACGCCAACAACGAGGACCUGCUCUAUGAGCACUUGAGAAACCAAUGGGGAUUCGACGGCUUCGUGCUCUCCGAUGAGGCCAAGCUCUGGACGAACCAUCACACGGCCGCCUCGCCGCUCGACGCCAUCAUUCAGUUCCUCACCGCCGGCGGCAACAUGCAAUUCUACGAUUUCCCGCACAUUAUCUGGGACUUGUUCAUCGCCGAAGCCGUCGAGGCUGGCAGGCUGAGCGAGUCCAUCCUCGACGACCGCGUGGCCGAUCUCUUGCGCGUGAAGAUGAUGCUCGGCCUCUUCGAUAACCCCUUCACAGACCCGUCGCUCGUGUCGCUGGUGGUCAAUUCCCAGGAGCACCAGGACCUCGCACUCGAGGCCGCGCGCAAGGCCAUCGUUCUGCUCAAGAACGACAACAAUGUGUUGCCUCUCGCCAGCGCCAAGCUGGGCUCGAUUGCGCUGAUCGGGCCGACUCGGGACUAUUCCGGAUUCGGUGUGCUCGAUAACUUCGUCACCGUGCUCGACGGCGUCAGCGCCAAGGCGCCCCAAGCGAAGAUCUACCACGCCUGGGGCUCGGGCGUGCUCCACAACGACGAGCUGCAG